AUGCCAGCGAAAGAUUUUGCUGAUUUAGUUAUGUUACCACGUGAAUGGCGUCGUGGUGAUGAUUGCAUUCAAUGGCCUAGAAAUCAUGAUUACUAUAAUAUUGAAUGGCUUGAAAAUCUUUGGAAAUAUAUUAAUGAAAAAUUUGCAAAUGAUUUAUCUAUGCUUGAAAAUACAAAUAUUCUUUAUUUACAACCAUUAUCACGUCCAUUAGGUGCAUCAACAGCUAAUAAUACUAUAUCAUUAUAUAAAUUAUCAAAAAAUAUUGGUCUUAUACAAUUACCUAUUGUUCCAAGUAAAGAUGAUUUAGCUAUACAAAAAGUUCUAUUAAAAUUAAAUUUUUAUUGUAUUGAACCAUUUCCGGAAAUGAUUCGUCGACAUAAAUGUAUUGAUGAAUAUGUACCACAAUUAUCAUGUUUAGGUUUAUUACAAAUAUUUAAAUGUCGUUUAAGACAUUUUACACAAUUAAAAAUUCAACAUGAAUUUAAUACAUUAUUAAAUGAACAUGAUAUUAAAUUAUUACGACAAUAUUUAUCACGUAUAAUGACACAACAAUUAGAUGAUUCAAAUAUUCAAUGUAUUAAACAAUUACCUAUAUUUGACAAUGCUUAUUUAAAUACUGAUUUAAAUCAACAACAAUAUAAAUAUAUUAGUUUAAAUAAUAUUUUAUAUAUAUAUGAAUCAGGAACAAAAUUACCUGUUGAUUUACAACCACCCAAACAAUGUAUUCAUGUUACAGAUAGUGAUUCAAGAGUUUUAUUAGAUAAAUUAGGUUAUGUUAUACAUGAUUUUACACAUGUUGCUAGAUAUCUCAUAACAACUAUUGGACAACAACAACAAGCAAAUUUACAACAGCAGCAACAACAACAAAAUUCAUCAACCAUUAAUACAACAUUGAAAAAUGAUCAGCACAAAAUGGCAUUUUUAGGUGAAUAA